CUUCAUCUUCCAAUGAGUGGAGAUAGAUUGAUCCAAUGAUCAGUCAUCUGCCCAUUGCUCUUCUGCGAGAACAGUUCAGACAGUUGAAGAGAGCCAAGGAGAUGAGGCAGGAGAAAGAGCUCUUACGGAUGUUGCCUGAAUCAAGGCAGAUCAAUGCAGCUAUGCCUUAUGUGCCAUCCAGAUUGCUUUUCCACCCUGAACUCAUGGUUCAGUUAGAGCUGCCUCUUCAGUGUACACUCAAAAGAGAAGCCAAUAUGCAGAGCAGGAAUACCCAGGUUCAGGCCAUUCAGAAUCCAAUAUUGGAGAAUUUAUGGUCCAGAGACACUGUCAUAUGUACAACUGACUAUGCUGAUAUUUCAGAUGUUGAUACAUCACUUCAUCUGUGAAAAAGUUUUACAAUGUUAGUCUAUGUAGUAAUCCUGUGGUUUCUUUCCGUUAUCACAUGGAUAAUUUAUUUUCCAGAAAAAAUGUUUAAACUUGAGUAUUACACAAAAACGGAGCAUAUGAAUUAUUAUUAUGAGUUGCUAAGUUUCAUUUAGCAAACUGAGCCACCAAAUGAAGCAUCUCAUAGGAU